AUGGGGAACAAAAUGUGACAGAAACAGAUGCCUUCUACAAAAGAGAGAUGUUGGACCCAGCGGAAGAGUACAGGAUGGACCACAGGCGGAGAGGGGUCGCUCUGAUCUUCAACCACGAGAGGUUCUUCUGGCACCUGAUGCUGACCGAGAGGCGGGGCAGCAGCGCGGACCGGGACAACCUUGUGCGCAGGUUUUCCGACCUAGGAUUCGAGGUGAAAUGUUUCAACGAUCUGAAGGCGGAGGAAGUCCUGCUGAGGAUCCAUGAGGCGUCAACCUCCAGCCACGUGGACGCCGACUGCUUCCUGUGUGUCUUCCUGAGCCACGGCGAAGGCAGCCACGUUUACGCCUACGAUGCCAAACUGGAAAUCCAGACACUGACUGGCUUGUUCAAGGGCGACAAGUGCCAGAGCCUGGUGGGGAAACCCAAGAUAUUCAUCAUCCAGGCGUGUCGGGGAAGCCAGCAUGACGUGCCAGUCAUUCCUCUGGACCGGGUGGACCACCAUACCGACAAGCUGGACCCCGACACGAACAGCACCGAGGUGGACGCGGCCUCCGUGUACACGCUGCCUGCUGGAGCAGACUUCAUUAUGUGCUACUCGGUGGCAGAAGGGUAUUACUCUCACCGGGAGACUCUGAAUGGCUCGUGGUACAUCCAAGACUUGUGUGAGAUGCUGGGAAAAUACGGCUCUUCCCUGGAGUUCACGGAGCUCCUGACGCUGGUCAACAGGAGGGUGUCCCAGCGCCGUGUGGACUUCUGCAAAGACCCGAGCGCGAUCGGAAAGAAGCAGGUGCCCUGCUUCGCCUCGAUGUUAACAAAAAAGCUGUAUUUCUUCCCUAAAUCUAACAAGUAGGGGUGAUUUUGUCCUAUGGUCUGUCCAAAAUAGAGUUCCCUUUCUACAUAAAUAACCCUCAGGUUGAAUCUCGUGGCCUGGCGACUCAGAAGGUUGCAAGGUUGAGCACCGUGGAGGACCACCUCUGCAGCCCGGAUGGCUCACGACAGAAGGCCUGAUAUGUCCGGGAACAAAACCCCUAGGAAAUCGCUUCGUCUGCCUCAUCUGAACUUACUGACAUUUUUUAAGUUUACUGUCUCGUGAUUAAACACCUCCGAUUCCCGUUCUUA